UCCGCUUCCGCUGACUUCCGGCCGCGGAGGCCGGCGGCGGCGGUUGCUGGCUGCUGCAGUGCAGAGCUGUUCCCGCGGCCUUUCGGGAGCCGGGGCGGCCAUGAACUUCUCCGAGGUGUUCAAGCUCUCCGGCCUGCUCUGCAAGUUCUCCCCCGACGGCAAGUACCUGGCUUCCUGUGUUCAGUACCGGCUCGUGGUCCGUGAUGCGAACUCCCUUCAGAUCCUUCAGCUGUACACAUGCCUGGACCAGAUCCAGCACGUGGAGUGGUCGGCAGACUCUCUCUUUAUCCUGUGUGCCAUGUACAAACGGGGGCUCGUGCAGGUCUGGUCUUUGGAGCAGCCGGAAUGGCACUGCAAGAUAGACGAGGGCUCGGCAGGGCUGGUGGCGUCGUGCUGGAGCCCGGACGGGCGCCACAUUCUCAACACGACCGAGUUCCACUUGCGGAUAACCGUCUGGUCCUUGUGCACAAAAUCUGUAUCUUACAUCAAAUAUCCUAAAGCUUGUCAGCAGGGAAUCACCUUUACCAGGGACGGCCGCUACAUGGCGCUGGCGGAGCGGCGCGACUGCAAAGACUACGUGAGCGUGUUCGUGUGCAGUGACUGGCAGCUCCUGAGGCACUUUGACACGGACACCCAGGAUCUCGCAGGGAUAGUGGCGAAUGUUGUGGCUCUUUGUGUUCCGAGGUUGAUCGUGUUAUUGCCUUGUUUUGGCUUGGACCGUUGGACAGCCUGCCGAGUCUUGGGCCCUCAGGUGCGCAUCCUCAACCACGUGACCUGGAAAAUGAUCACGGAGUUCGGGCACCCCGCAGCCAUCAGCAAUCCCAAGAUAGUCGUGUAUAAGGAAGCCCAGAAGAGCCCGAAACCGGGGCUGGGCCGCCUGCCCUUCCCGCCCCCCAGGGCCACCUCGGAGAGUAAAUAUGAGAUCGCCUCCGUGCCCGCCUCCCUGCAGACGCUGAAGCCCCUCGCUGACAGGGCGAACCCUAAAAUCGGCGUAGGGAUGCUGGCCUUCAGUCCCGACAGCUACUUCCUGGCGACGCGCAACGACAACGUCCCCAACGCCGUCUGGGUCUGGGACAUGCAGAAGCUGCGGCUGUUUGUGGUGCUCGAGCAGCUGUCCCCCGUGCGCUCCUUCCAGUGGGACCCGCAGCAGCCCCGGCUGGCCAUCUGCACGGGGGGCAGCAAGGUCUACCUGUGGUCCCCGGCAGGCUGCGUGUCCGUGCAGGUGCCCGGGGAAGGAGACUUUCCCGUGCUUUCGCUGUGCUGGCACUGCAGUGGGGACUCGCUGGCCCUCCUCAGCAAGGAUCACUUCUGCCUCUGUUUCCUGGAGACCGAGGAGGGGGUCGGCCUGGCCGUCAGACAGCGGGACGGCCACACGUAGGAGCUGUGCACACGCCCGUGUGGGGGAUAGAGCCACCUGCAUGCUGCCAGCGUGGGCAGGGAUGGAGACUCCCUGGAGGGGCCGACUGCGAUGGUGCAAACUGGGUGACUGGGUUCUGUUUUGCUAUGGCAAGCCACUUUUGUAAAUAUGUAUAAAACUAAUUUUUAUUUAAAAUAAAUAUUUGAUAAUUUAUACAAA